CUUUCGUAUAAACUGCUACUGCUACUGCCAAACAUAUCUAAAACCUGAAAAAUGAAGUUUGGGAAAGUGUUCACAGCGCAAGCGGUGCCUGAAUGGCAAGAAGCAUACAUGGACUACGAUUUUCUCAAGAACCUUUUGAAAGAGAUACAAAGUUUCCGAAUACGAACCAACCCACCUGCAACCAACUCAGGAGGCCUAAAAAGAAAGCUCACACUAUAUAGAGCUUUUAGUGGCCUGACACGAAGGAAUAGUGCUAACUACACCCCUAUGAGCCCUUCUUCUCCUGAUCUUGAACUACAACCUAUUUUGGUGAAUUCUGUAAACCUCGCUGGCUCUCAAAGCUAUCAGACUACAUUUCUUAUGCCUACUGUCCAAGGAGGAGAAUACGAGCUUGUGUUUUUCAGAAGGCUUGAUGACGAGUUCAAUAAAGUGGACAAGUUUUACAGGUCUAAAGUGGAGGAGGUAUUGAAAGAGGCUCAGAUGUUGAAUAAGCAAAUGGAUGCUUUGAUUGCUUUCAGGAUAAAAGUGGAGAAUCCCGCUGGGUGGUCUGAUAGAGUGGCAGAUAUGACUCGUCUUGCUUCAGACGUUGCAGCUUCUACUGCUGCAUUGGCAGCUUCUUCUCCAUCUGGAGCUAGAGAACGCAGAAGAGGACUUCAUUUAAUGGAUGCGAUUGAGGAAGGGCAAAGCUUGCAUGAGCUGUCAGAUGAAUCAGUCCAUGAUAAAGUGGAGAAGGAAAGCGAUAAUAUUGACCAAAAGGAAGAAGAAGAAGAAGAAGAGAAGCCGAAGAGCAUGGUCAGAACCUUUAGGCCAGCUCCAUUAGAAAUACUAAAUCGUGCGAAGAUUAACAACACAGUGGCGACACCUUGCUCGACCAUCAAAAGCUUUCUUAAAGUUCCCCAACAAACAGAACUUAAAUUUACAAGGGAAAAUCUUAGAAAAGUUGAAGAACAACUCAAGGGUGCUUUUUUUGAAUUUUACCAAAAGCUUCGCCUUCUUAAGAGUUACAGCUUCUUGAAUACAUUGGCGUUUUCAAAAAUUAUGAAGAAGUAUGAUAAGAUUACCACAAGGGAUGCAUUACAAGUUUACAUGAAAAUGGUGGAUAACUCCUUCCUUGGAAGCUCUGAUGAAGUUACCAAGCUUAUGGAAAGGGUUGAGGCAACAUUCGUUAAGCAUUUCUCGAACUCAAAUCGGAGUAAAGGCAUGCGCGUCUUAAGGCCAAAAGCCAACAAAGAGAGACAUAGAAUAACAUUUUACAUGGGUUUCUUUUCUGGCUGCACAGUAGCCCUGCUAAUUGCCCUUGUUUUAAUCGUAAAAGCCCGCAAACUCAUGAACAACCCAGGAAGGAUCACAUACAUGCAAACAAUGUUUCCUCUUUACAGUUUGUUUGGCUUAAUUGUUCUACACGUGCUCAUCUAUGCUGCUAAUAUAUACUUCUGGCGGCGGUACCGAGUGAAUUACUCCUUCAUUUUUGGUUUCAAACGAGAAACCGAACUGGGCUACAGACAAGUUCUUCUUCUCGGUUUUGGUAUUGCAGUACUAGCUUUAUGCAGUGUGCACUUAAACCUCGACAUGGAGAUGGACCCUAAAACGAAAGAUUACGAAGCGCUUACAGAACUUCUCCCUCUGAAUGUGUUGAUAUUCCUCCUCAUCAUGUUGCUCUGGCCCUUCAACCUUUUUUAUCGCUCAUCUCGCUUCUUCCUCCUCACGUGUAUCUUUCACUGUAUUGCUGCUCCUCUCUACAAGGUAACACUCCCGGAUUUCUUCUUGGCAGACCAACUAACUAGCCAGGUGCAAUCCCUCAGAAGCCUGGAGUUCUACAUUUGCUAUUACACUUGGGGGGACUAUAAACAAAGACGGAACAAUUGCAAAGAAAGUCCUGUUUUCAUAACUUUCUCAUUCAUUGUUGCUGUGAUUCCAUACUGGUCUCGCCUUCUUCAGUGCCUUCGGCGCUUGUUUGAAGAGAAAGAUCCGAUGCAAGGAUACAACGGAUUGAAGUAUUUUUUGGCAAUAGUAGCUGUUUGUUUGAGGACAGCUUACAGCAUUAACAAAGGGAAUGGUUGGAGAGCAAUAGCAUGGGUUUUCUCAUCCAUUGCAGCAAUCUUUGGCACAUAUUGGGAUCUUGUUUUUGACUGGGGGCUUCUUCAGCGCCAUUCUAAGAAUAGAUGGCUGAGAGACAAGCUCCUUGUCCCUCACAGAUCAGUAUAUUUUGGAGCCAUGGUCUUGAAUAUAUUGCUGAGAUUUGCUUGGCUGCAAACAGUAUUGAACUUCAGGGUUACUUCCUUGCACAAAGAAACAAUGGUUACCCUUGUGGCCAGCCUCGAGAUCAUUCGCCGUGGCAUGUGGAAUUUCUUUAGGUUGGAAAAUGAACAUGUGAACAACGUUGGAAAAUAUCGAGCAUUCAAGUCUGUGCCUUUACCUUUCAACAACGUGGAAGAUGAUGACCACGAUGACUAAGCUUUGCCACAACAUUUAACAAAGCUGGAGGCAAUAAAGAAAUGAGAGCCAUUGCACAUGUUUUGACAAUGGAAAAGGCAAGAUUUUUAGACAAAACAAAA